AUGGCGGCCACGCCGGAAUCUGACGGCCCCGGUGAGGGCGCGAGCUCAACUGUGUUGUUGAAGCGGCCGCUGUUCGUUUUGAACAAGGCACAGCACGAGAUAUACCUCACCGGCCGUCAGCCGACCUGCGUGUACUACGAACGGGCGUUGUACCUGCUGCGAUGGAGGCUAUCCCGGCUCCCUGAGCUGUGCUCUCGGCAGUUCUUGCAAGACAACUUCCUCAACAGGAACACAGGGACGAUGGGAAACCGUGCCAAGUUGCCCGAGCAACACGGAAGGUCUGUAGGCGACGCGCAGCAGGUGUCGUCGGCCUUUUCCAAGCGUAACGAGAUGCCGCCCCGGGGCAUUGGGGACUGCGUAGUCCUUUAUGGAACAGGACGUUGCGUGACGCGAGCGUUAUUCGUGCUGCACGAUCUAUACGAGCACGUAAAAGAUCUAUACGUGGAGGCGCAAUCGAGGUUUCGGCGGCGCCCAGUGCGCGUGUUAUGCGCCGAAUGCUCCGCUACUCCGCUGGAUGCCCCCGACGCCCGUGUGAAGCACGGUCUCGAUGACGGCUGCGCUGGCUGCGAAGAGGCCACUAACAAGGCUCUAGAGGUGAUUGUGAAGCGCAUUCUACAGGUUGAGAUUUCUACGGGAUCUGUUGCCUGCUGCGAUGAUGUGUAUUCAUACGCUUCGCGGGAAUCGAGUUCGUCAUCAGGAGAAAAUUUCUAUCCUAUGAGAUCGACAGACGCCGUCGUGACUGUGUCACAACGCGAACGCAUGAUCUCCUCCAUAAAGAUCUGCAUCCGCGUAGCGUCCAAGUGA